UAUCUCUCUCGAAUCCGCGGAUUGCGCAUUUCAACAUGGCUAAAUUUCAGUGAGGUCAGCAGCCUCGACGCACCGCUCUCGCGUUUUCCUACGCGCUCUCGUAUUUCCCGUGGAAUUCUUUUUUUUUUCCUUUCACGAGAAGAUCUCCGCUCGCGUCGUUUACGUUCGCGAUCGCGUCGCGUCGCAAUCUCCGCUGCCAUUUCCGAACGCGAAUUUCGUGCCGUCGUCAUCGUCCCUCGGAACGAGAGCCGUUCGACCGACGAGCUUACUCCUCGCGCCGACGAAUUCUGGAUUCAAGGAACAUACACAAACAACACAAAGAACGCAACUGGAAGAAAAAUCUACAAAGAAUAUAUCUAAGAAAAUAUAUAUUUGUCAAUGUAAUAUGCCCAUAAAAACAAUAUAAGUCUUCUUAAUAUGCUAAGAAAGAGCAUAUUGAUUGAAAUUAAGAUGUUGGGAAACUGAUUUCUUGAAAUAUCCAAUAAUGGCAGAAAACACUACAGAAGAUACCAAACACUCAACGAAUAACGACGACAUGUCUGAGACUCCUUCAGCAACUUCUGCAACCAAUGAAACAGCUUCCGAUGAAGGAAAGGGUGAACUUACAGACAUUGACAAAGCAUCUACUUCUAAAGAAGACACAGACGUGAAUAAUGAGAAAGUUGUCAAAGAUACAGAUUUGACUGAUAAAGAGAAACAAAAUGCUUUUAAAACUGAUUGCAAUGGAGAUUCUAAAGAGGAAACUAAAUCCGGAAAUGCAUCUUUGGAGAAAAUUGAAGUAGAAGUCAAAGAGAAUCUCAAGGAAUUUUCUUCUACAGAAGAAAGAUCUGACAAUCAAGAAGUCAGAAAAUGUUCCCCCGACAUAGAUCAGAGACUGAACGAAAUCUUAAAAGUCGUACACGGGGAUUUGCAGAUGGAAAUGCUCCAGAAGAUUGCUGGUGUUUCUACAAACGCAAAAGACAACGAUGAAGAAGACGGCAGUGGAAAAGAUCAGCAGAUGGUAAAAAAGGAAGGAACUCCUCCAAGAGACAAUGUAUGUAUGGAUAGCUCAAAGAAAUAUACUGCUUCCGCAACUUUAAAAAGUACAGAAGACGAAAGGGAUUCGAGGAGUUUCUCAAUGCGAGCAGAAGAGAAAUCGGAGAUUGGAAUUGUUGGUUCUCCGACCACGAUCAGCGAGCUUAUUAAUGAAGAGGAACUUGGAGGCGACUCUGCAUUAUCCGUCGAUCAAAAGGACCACAUAGUAGAAUGGGUUGAAAAUUCGGCGAAGGUAAAUGCCGAUGAAGAAAAUAACAUUGCUGAAGAAUGUCAACCAGAAAUGUACGAGAAGAAUACGAUGGAGACAACGAAACGACAGAAGCUUGAUGAUGCCCAUGUAAUAUCAUCCAGAAAAUCGCAGAAGAUUGUCAGCAACAUCAUAAAGAAGAGCAUCAAAUGGAUGCCGCAGUGUGCCGUCUCCACGUGUCGCAACAGCCAUCGCCGGACCCGCAAGCAAUCGGUCCGCUACCACCGGUUCCCUCAUAAGCCAGAAGUGCGCGAAUUGUGGGUGCGCGCAUGCGGCCGCGAGCCCCUCGCCAACGGUGAGGCGCCCUUCAACAUCAACACGGCGCGCGUCUGCUCGCGCCACUUCCUCGUGGAGUUCUACGAGGACGAGAGCAGGGAGCAGAUGAUGCAGGGCAACCAGAAGCGGAACCGACUGCGGCUCGGAGCGGUGCCCACGGUCUUCGUGCCGGUCCGCGUGGAGCCGUGUUUCGAGCUGCUCAACGAGAACGAGAAGAAGCGAUCCGCGCAAGCGAGUCGCAUCAAGGUCCCGAUUCCCAAGCGCGUUCUCCUUCGACCGAACGGGCAGCAAACGGCCACCCCGAACCGCGCCGACGAGGGACCACGCGAUGCGAGAUCGGAGGAAGCGAAUGUCGGCGAGACCAGCAAUAACACCAGCGACAGCAGCACCAGCAAUACCAGCAGCGCCAGCACCGCCAGCAGCACCAAUUGCGUCGUAACCGAAGAGACAAAAGAACCUGAAAAAGUUGUAUUUUUUAGGGCGCUUGGUCUCGCCACCGUUGAAAAUGAGAUUGAACCGUGUUUGAACAGGAUGCACGCGAUGGAGGGCGCGACCGAAGGCAGGCGAAGGCAAGUGGACACCGCGGAGGACGAUAAAACAGCCAAGUCGUCGUCGUCAUCGGAGAUACCCCAGAGUCAACAGAACGGCGCCGCUCUUCCGGAAGAGACGGCCGCGGCGCCGACAGCGACUGUAAGUCGCGUUCGCACCAAGAGGAAGACGGAAUCGCCCGACACCGAGACGCCGGAUACCAAGAACAGGCAGUUGCUCGCGGAUGUGUCGCAGAAGGUGGCUGCUGCGAGCGGCAGCAAUGUUACGCAACAUCACUCCAAGGUUGCGUCCGAAUCUGUCGAUAAUAAGAAACGGAAAUCCACCAAUGGACAGCUGUCGGUGAAUCCUAGGAAAAAAUUCUGCAAUGAGGACGAACGAGAAGAGUACAUUUCGCAAAUUAUCGGCACCGACAACGAGACAGUCGACGUACUUAUGGAGAAGGCUGAUCGGUUACGGGCUGAUAUCGUGGCUCUCGAGAAUUUAGCGCAUGUCAAGGAAAUGGAAUGGAACGAGAUUCUGAGGAAGAGGAAGCUGAAGGAGGAGGCAUAUGCGAGGCUCGAAAGAAAGAUACAGAUGACAGCUUUCAUGGAGAACGACGGCCAGCUACCUGAUCCUUUACCACUUGCCUCAUCGUCCCUAGGUCCCGCCGAAUGGGACAAUAGCGACAAUGCGAUCUCCAUGUCGGGAGAGAAAUCGUUCGAGUCUAAGGAAGAUCUUACCGGAGAAGCUUCGGACUUGUUGAAAAGGGAAAAGGAUGCGAAGGUUAGCCCCCAGCAACGGGUAGUCCCUUCAAAAACCAAUGGAGAAAGUAAUCGUAAACGAAACCUGGCGUCGAGUCCAGAAAGUCGGCAAAUCGGAGAAGGUCGUCAAGGUGCGAUAGUGGAUGUCAGAUCUAUUAUCGCCGAUCACAGGCUUAAGCAUCCAGAAACCGUACCAAGGAGAGGACGAAGAAUGAGGAAUUCGGUGAAUGUCGGACUCGGAGCUGGCGGCGCUAUGGUCGAAACAGGACACAAUACCGACUCGAGACCAUCUAGUACGGAAUCGUGCAAAAGCAACCCGAGCACGAACGAUUCCAUGAACUAUAAAGACAUAUUAGUGCAAUUUGCCAAGAUGAGCCAACAAGGUGAAGGUACUUCAGCCAAAGUACCGCAGAAUUAUCCGGAUGUGACGCUUCAUCCUGUAGCGGUACCCUCGUCCGCGUCUCAGAACACCGCGUCUCAACCGACUGGUUCGUUACUUCAUGGGAUUCUAACAAAAGCGCAAUCGCCAAGAUCUACCACUUUUUCACCUACUUUAGCGAGAUUACUCACCGCGCCUGAAAGAGAAAGGAAUCCGGCGGCAGCGGCAGCGGCAGCGGUGGCGUCUAUGUCGCAGCAGAGCGCCACAAACCAACACCUUUUGCAGACGUACCAAGGCUCUAAUCUGGUUUCUAUAAACGAUAUCCUGUCUUCUUCCAAGGCUCGCACAGAAAUAACUAUAACCCCCGUCGUCAACUCUUCUGCGCAAUCUCAUUCCAACGAUUUAAUUCAAGUGGAAGACGUAGAGGAAGAAACAACGGUAAUCGAUGAUAGGAAAGGAAGUUCCUCGAGCGGAAGGGAAGGUAAACAAAUAGCAAAAGACAAUCCACCUUCACCAAGCGCUCCACCAAAAUGUCAAGGAUGCAUGAUUCGUCCUGCACAAUUUGUUUGCGCUGGAUGCGGAAAUCAAUGGUAUUGCAGUCGUACAUGUCAGCUUGCCGCAUGGGCAACGCAUUCCGAAUAUUGUUCGGACUAUCCGCUCGAGUCCGAAAACAGCAAGGUCAAGCCCAAUGUUUAACGCCCGACGUCUCUGCGUACUCAGUGUGGCAUCAGGCGAGAGAUAUUUGUAUAAUAUGAUUCUAGUCAAGAAAGGAAGCUUAAGGACAUAUUGAGCAAGAUGCUUAAAGAAGAGAAAACGAGGAAUUUGACGAAAGAUCAAUAAUAUUGAUCUAAUAAGGGAAAGGUUUUAUUGAGACGAACGGACCUGUGUUGCCCUAUUGAAUAGAAAGAAGCAUUUAUUGGCGCUUUAGAGCCUUCCUCUCCCUCUCGAACAAAAUUCUAUAUUCUCCUCUUUAUAAAAGAAAUUUGCGAAGUUUCCUGCACUUGUCAGAAUUCUAGAUUAAGAAAAUUAACUUCUCUCGAUGACCAAAAUUGAUGAAACUUUCGAUGCCAUGAUUACGAUUAUUAUAUAUAAUUUUCUAAUUUUCUUAUACAUGGAUGUAUGUAUACAUGCCUAUACAUACAUAUAUAUCCGCUAGUCGAAGAUUUUGGUUUCUCGAAAAAUAGAUACAAAGGAGAAUAAUAAUGCCGAGGCGUAAAGCACAAUAGUAGGAGUAUCACGAUGCUGUACAUAAUUUUAUACAAUUUAACAGAGUUGUUCAGCGUCGAAAUGUAGAAUGUCGGUUAAUCGCGUGCCAUGCGUAAGAUCAAGGGCGGAUUGGGACUAUAAAUUAGUCCUGAAAAAGAUAUUGAGAAAUAUUUUCUCCAAUUUUUUAUUUAAUACUCCCUUGUAUCGAAUAAAACGCCUGAUUUUAGAUGGGAAUAUGUUGAAAUAUAUCGAAGUAAACAUUGAUUAUGUUUAUUAAGAUAAAAUAUUUCCAGCAUAUAUGUCAAUUGUUUC